AUGACAAACUCACAGAAACCAAAGGAAGAACCUAAGAGAUUCGGAUUAGAAAAUCAAGUGAAACGGAACCCACAUCCUGAUUUCAACAAAGUUGAAAAUUCCCGCCCAUCAUUUGAUUUUGAAAACACUUGGACCUACACCCAGAUCCCAAACAAAGACUGGAAAGUUGGAUCAGGGGCCAACGACCCAGCAUGGAAAGAGUACAAGAAAUUGGAAAUUGACCCUUACGGAGAGGGCAGAAACCCCGUUGAUAAUUACAAAACAUUGAUCAGUGCAGUUGUUCCUAGACCAAUUGGUUUCGUGUCUACAGUAUCCAAGAAUGGCGAACGCAAUUUGGCCCCCUUUUCAUACUUUACAUUUGUGAACCACGACCCACCCAUUUUUACAUUGGGGUUUUCCUGUGGGAAAGAAAAUCCAAAGGAUACAUGCAAAAACAUUUUAGAGACUGGAGAAUUGACAAUUAAUAUUAUCAGUGAAUGGUUUGUUGAAGCAGCCAAUUAUUGUUCAACAAACGCUCCACCGGGAGUCGAUGAAUGGAAACUUUCUGGAUUGACUCCUUUGGAAUCAGCAAAAGUAAAGCCACAACACGUUGCAGAAUCAGCAUUUUCCAUUGAAGCAAAAUUGAUUACAUCUCAUGAAUGGAAAUCCAAAACCGAUCCCAAUAGAGCUACUGGUGUUUUGUGUAUUGUCGAAGGUGUGAAUUUUCAUGUUAGAGAAGAUGUUAUCAAUUCAGAUUUGAAUAAUCUUGACAUUGGCAAACUAAAGCCAGUUAGCAGAUUGGGUGGUAUCACCUACGGCAGAACGGUCGAUGGCUAUGAAAAAUUGAGACCAGAUUUUGAAAAGGAAAAUGCCACAAAUGAAGUCAAACAAUUGUUAGAAUAG